AUGGCCUCCUCAUCUCCGCAGGUUUUGGGCCUGCCAUCUUGGAACUGCGGGUGCAACCCGGAGGAAGAGUCGGAGCUAGACCCUGUUUUUCUGGAGACUGUGGACCUGGGGCCUUAUCAGGCCUGCGGUGGCGCGGAAGGUGAGGACUUCCUAGCAUCCGACUUCCUAGGAUCCGAAGACAGCGUUGGCCGAGAACGUAGCCCCAAGGCCUGCGGUAGCGAGGAAGGUGAGGACUUCCUAGCAUCCGACUUCCUAGGAUCCGAAGACAGCGUUGGCCGAGCGCGUAGCCUCAGGCGCUGCAGUCUUAUGGUGAAAAAGGCCCUCAGUGUGGACCGUGACAUUAUGCGGGGCAUCUCGCUCAAGGUGGGUUUGAGGGGCCUGGGCCAGCUCUGGCGAUUCUGCCCUGCCGAUCUUCCGAUCAAGGAGCGCUCAAAGCUUUGGGCUUUGUCCGGGCAAGUGGAGUCCUUCGAUAUCUUCCUGUCGCACAGCUGGCACACCCCUGGACGCUGGAAGGUAGUGGCUCUCACCCUUCGCUUCGGCUGGCCUCUCUUUCUUGCCUGCUCCUUUGCCUUCAUCUUGCUCGCAGAAAUCCUCAGCUUGCUGGAGAUUCUCCCGCUUUUCACCACCUACCAGGUUCAGGUUCCAGGCGGCAAGUUCGCGGACGUCCCCUUCGGAGGCUGGGGUUCUCUUGCGAGCCUGGUAUCACUCCUCGUCUUCCUCUUGUGGCCCUAUGUCCCGGACGCGUGUGGCAGAAAUCCGAAAUGCUUCCUGGACGUUGCGAGCAUCAACCAAGUGGACGCGGAAGCCAUGCAGCGUGGUAUUUAUGGGCUUGGAGGCUUUCUCGCGGCCUCGGACAGGCUUCUGAUCCUCUGGAGCAGGCCUUACCUCUCCAGGCUUUGGUGUGUUUUCGAGCUGGCCGCCUAUAGAACGGCGAAUCCAGACGGCAAGAUCACCCUGGCACCGCUCUUUGUUGAGAAUGGCGCUGCCGGGUGUUGCUUGGGAGCCCACGUCAUUGUGCUGCUUAGUGUGAUGUCCAAUCAUCUGGACUUCUCUGGAGCUAUUGCUUUGGUGCUCGUUUUCCUCCCCGCCUACUUCUGUUUGCAUGGACUCCGAUAUGCGAUGAGAACGAAGAACGAGCUCAUCGCGCAGCUGUCCGCUUUCACGCUGGGCGCUGUGGAUUGCCGGGAGGACUUUGACCGACAAUACAUCCACGGCGCCAUUCAGCACUGGUAUGGGAGCCACAGGGCCUUCGAAGCCUUCGUGCGGGGUCCUCUUCGAGAGGAACUUCUGGCAACUCAGGCGGAUACCCAACUGCCAGUCGCCUACGAACUCAUUGUCAUCGCUCCUUUCGUUGCUUUCGGCAUGGACGUGCUCGUCGGGAUCAUUCAGUCGCCUUCCUUGCUCUUGGAGUUUGCCGUCGCCUUCUUCUUCGGGUCGGUUUUGGGCACCUUGCUGUCCUGGAGCCUGGCCCCUCAGCUGAGAUGUCGGAGCUGGGUCUAG